AUGUACCUGCUGCUCUGUAUGCUGGCACUCACCGACAUCACCACCUCUACCUGCAUUGUGCCCAAAGCCCUGGGUAUAUUUUGGUUCAAUCUGGAAGUUAUCACAGUGAGUGGCUGCCUCACCCAAAUUACCUUCCUUGGCCUGGCUUUUGUAAUGCAAUCCUCCAUCCUUAUGGCAAUGGGCUUUGAUCGCUACGUGGCCAUAUGCAACCCUUUGAGAUAUGCCACCAUCCUCACCCACACACGGUUAGCUACCUUUGGGCUCAUCAGUUUAAUACGAGGGAUUCUCUGUGCGCUUCCCAUGCCCCUGAUGAUGAGCCAACUGCCAAUCUGCGGCAAACGCAUCAUCGCUCAUACAAUCUGUGAGCCUAUCCUUGUGGCAAAGAUUUUAUGUGGAGACCUCACAUUCUACAGGCUCUAUAGCUUGGGGAUGACACUUACUCUUGUUGGGUUGGACAUGAUGCUCCUUGCCCUUUCAUACUUUCUGAUUCUCAGGGCCGUUCUUAGAAUCUCCUCUCAGAAAGCCCACCAUAAAGCCCUCAACACCUGCACCGCCCACAUCAGUGUGAUGCUGAUGUUUUAUACUCCCUACCUUUUCUUCAUUAUGAUAAAUUGGUUUGGUGGAAGCAUCGCUCCUCAUGUUCAAAUCUUCUUGGCCAAUGUCUAUGUCCUCGUCCCCACCAUGCUCAACCCCAUCAUUUAUGGAGUCAAAACCAAAAAGCUUCGUGACAAAAUGAAGAAAUUCAUCUGCAGAAUGUGA